AAUCGCGUAUGGAACGAUUGCAUCGAAUAUAAUAAUAGUAAUAAUAAUAGUAUAAAGUAAUUCGCGUAAGACACAUUUCUCUGGAUUUUGAAAUACGAAAAAAAAAAAAAACAGAAUUUCAUCCAUUUCCAAUUAUGUUAUCCCUCCAUGGCAAUUUUUCACGCUGGUCACGUUAAUACCGUGAAGCUGGUUUCGAAAGAAGAAAGUAUAAUAUACCUACCGCCAGUACCUGUGCCAAUACAAUAUGUAUACCUCUCGAUCGGUGCAUAUAGGUAUUUUAACACUCGCCACUAUCAAUUUCUUCGUGUGUACCUACCACCUAAUAUAUACAGCUACUACUACUACUACUACUACUACUACUACUACUACUACUAAUAUUACUACUACCAUCAUUACUACCUUUAAUACUAUACUUAUUAUCACUAUGCUAUACUGUUGCUACUAUAAUACGCAUUGUCGCCGGAGACAGAGAUCGUCAUCGCCACCGCCGACACCAAAGCGCUAAAAUGUCCGAUUCGUCUUCGAUUACAAUGCACCGCAAGUACGUUGACCCGUGGGACCUGGACCUGCGGGAGGUGUCGUGGAGACACUCUAGUGACACGACAGAUUGUUCAGCCGACCACCAAGUAGUGUCACUGUCGUCGGCAGCGGGACCGGUGUCCACGCGAUCCGAAUUCGUAUACGUGCCGGGUCCGGCGAAGAGCAACAAGUCGGGCGCCGGUAGAACAAGAGCCCGGUCGGUAGCCCGGUACGACUGUUGCCAAUGCUCACCUAGUUCAUCGUCUAUGGCCCUCGUACCGCCCGAUCCAAACGAAAAUCUAUAUGAGUAUUGGGAAGCUGGUUGCAAACCACCACCGUACUGCAGGUACCCCGCAGUCGACAACCAUUUCUACCCAGUCACCGGUGGAUCUUCGAAACAACAAUGCCGUCUACUAUACAAUGUCUCCAGGCCGGAAGUCCGCCGGAACUCGCGUUACAACAACGGGUAAGCCCAUGAUAAUUUUUAUUAUUAUUACUAAUCUAUAAACAUAUAUGAUAAAUUAUAUUACAGUCUCUGAACGCGUGCGUAUAUAUUUUUACUUUUUGCCUAAUUUCUGCUCAUGCCGUUAAAGCUUACAGAUUCUUAUAACCUUAAUUUAACCAUAAUGCGUGUGGGUGAAUUGUUAUUUCUUUCACAUAAAAAUUGCAAUUUUUUAAGGCAAAAAUACUGA